AUGGUCAAUAUUGGUGCACUAAGCUUGGAAGAACGACCAAAGCUCGAGUCUCUGCCGCUGCUGCCUCUGGACAUUCUACUCAUCAUUUUCUCGCACCUGGACACUGCCCGCACUGUUGCGAGCCUUGGUGCAACAUGCAAGACGCUGCAUAAAGUCGUCAAGUCGAACGGCUGGCGCGUAUUCGUCCGGAGCCACUUCCCCAGCCUGCAACUCCCCGCGUCCAUCGCGGACAAGGACUGGAGAGCCUGGGGCCGGGAUUUGACCUGGCAGUCGCGCGCUUGGGACAGACGUGCAUUUACUCUGGCCACGCUGGUUCCACCGGUGAAGCAACAACAGCAGCAGUCGCAAAAUGCCCGGGGUCACAGUAACCGAUUCAGAGCUCAGACUGUCCCAUGUCACAUUGUCGUUGAUGCAAAGGUCAAGACCGAGGGCAGACGCCGUACGGAGAUCGUCGCCUGGGGUGCCGGAGAGGACGUCACAGUCCGAUCUCGACAGAUAGGGCGUUCAGCAUCUCGGGCAGAGCAAUGGACAAGCAUCGAAGGGUCGUCUUUGGGCUUUACUAGCGGCAAAGACGAUGUCACCUCGAUUUACAUACUGGAUUCAUCAGCCAGAGCCGGCGCAGGGCUGGUGGUUGGUCGAGCAAGUGGCGAUCUACGGUUGCAUUCCUUGGACCCUGAUAGCAUCGGGCAGGCAACUGCAACUUUGCGGCCCCAAGUGACUGCGGAGCCUGGCCUCGAACAAAGGGAGAUACAGUCUUGCGAUUUUGAUAGCUCUCAAAAUACUCUGGCUGUGAAUACCAAGGAUAGCACUCUUCUGUAUCGCCUUGGGCAACAACAGGAUGGCGACCAAACUUCAAAUGGAGUUCAAGGGCAAGAUAUCGACCCAAGCGAGGCUAUAUCGUUGAGAGCGAUGUCUGGAUCAAAGCCUUUCAAGUUCUUACGCUCGGUCAAAUUCAUGGGAAAUGGGGACCUUGCCCUGGGUGUGGCCAGUAGUCUGGAGCCCUUGCGCUACCUCACACCAACCCCCUCUGGUCUCGAGCUUGUGUCCGCGGCCAAGAUGCAGCCCUCUGACAGAUGCAUAGAGUCGUAUCUAAACAAUGGCCAGGAACUCGAAACAGUACGCGACAUUCUCCCCGUCAGCGCCGGUUCUAUGGCCGGAGGGCGCGGUAGUGUGGUCCUCAGUUCAUACGACGAUGGUACGGUGCGACUCCAGGAUCUCCGAACGUCCUCUGCCAUCGACACGAUAUAUCAAGAUCACUUUGAGGUAAUGACGCCCGUCGGGCCUCUUGCAGCAUACGGUACGGAGCGGUUCAUCGCAGGCAGCGCAAGAUCGGCCAUUCUCAAAAUCUUUGACUUUCGAUGGACCAAGGGAUACUGCUACACGGACGCGUUGCCGUGCGGCGCAGCGCCGCUGCUUCCAACGCCGAAGCCGCCUACCGUCGUGUCGCCUCCCUAUUAUUCAGGAGUAGCAGGGAGGUGCGACCACAUGUCCGGACGGCUCUGCCAACGCCACGCCUUGUCGAGGACCGACUUCUACCGCCCGAACUGCAGCAUCUACCUGCCCCUGGUUAGCCAGCUCGCCUCGCCGGUCUACUCCCUGGCGAAGGUGUCCGAUUCGUCCCCCACCGUCUACGCGGGCCUGGCUGGCGAGCUGGUGGAGAUGAACCUGCGCGACAGCGGCGAGAGCAGAAGGGAGCCAGCGGCCAAGCCGAAGCGCCAGGCCAAGCAGGCCCGCGCCGGCUACAGCUACCACGAGAGCUUGGCCAACAUGCUCGAGACGGGAGACGGGAUCGCCCUGGCCGACGUCAGCAAAAGCCAACGUGUGCCUGAGAUACGAAAGCAAGCCCAUCACUCCAAGUCCGCCUCCAUGCAGGGGAUGUACCGGCUGGACGACCUCUUUGUGUCCAAUAUACAGUACAAUCAACGGGGGUAUGCGUCUGACGAUAGACCAGUUAUUGCUAGCUGA